UGUCCUUUUCUCUCCCUUUUGCGUUCUGGUUCUGAUUUCAUCCAGGAUCCAGGAUGACAAUCCGACACCAAGGCCAGCAGUACAGGCCGAGGAUGGCAUUUCUCCCGAAGAUUGAAGCAUUAGUGAAGGACAUGCAGGACCCAGAGACGGGGGUCAGGGUGCAGAACCAGAAGAUCCUGGUCACCAGCGUCCCUCACGCCAUGACAGGAAGUGACGUUCUACAGUGGAUCAUCCAGCGGCUCUGGAUCUCCAACCUGGAGGCACAGAACUUGGGCAACUUUAUUGUCAAGUAUGGUUACAUUUAUCCCCUGCAAGACCCCAAGAAUCUUAUUCUCAAGCCCGAUGGCAGCCUCUACCGAUUUCAGACGCCAUAUUUCUGGCCAACCCAGCAGUGGCCAGCUGAAGAUACAGACUAUGCCAUCUAUCUAACCAAGCGAAAUAUCAAGAAGAAAGGGAUUUUAGAAGAACACGAAAAGGAAAAUUACAAUUUCUUGAACAAAAAAAUUAACUACAAGUGGGAUUUUGUCAUUAUGCAGGCCAAAGAACAGUACAGGACUGGAAAGGAAAGGAAUAAAGCAGACAGGUACGCGCUGGAUUGCCAGGAGAAGGCGUACUGGCUGGUCCACCGAUGCCCUCCAGGAAUGAACAAUGUGCUGGACUAUGGCCUGGACCGAGUGACCAAUCCAAAUGAAGUUCAGGUAAACCAGAAACAAACAAUCACUGCUGUCAAAAAAGAGAUCAUGUAUUACCAGCAGGCCUUACUGAGGUCCACGGUGAAGUCUUCGGUGUCCCUUGGAGGGAUCGUCAAAUACAGUGAGCAGUUCUCGUCCAAUGACGCCCUCAUGUCAGGCUGCCUCCCUAGCAAUCCUUGGAUCACAGACGACACCCAGUUCUGGGAUUUAAAUGCCAAGUUGGUGGAAAUCCCAACCAAGAUGCGAGUGGAACGGUGGGCCAUCAACUUCAGUGAGUUGAUCCGCGACCCCAAGGGUCGACAAAGCUUCCAGUACUUCCUCAAGAAAGAAUUCAGUGGGGAGAAUCUGGGAUUCUGGGAAGCCUGUGAGGAUCUGAAGUAUGGAGAUCAGUCCAAGGUCAAGGAGAAAGCGGAGGAGAUUUACAAGCUAUUCCUGGCCCCAGGGGCGAGGCGGUGGAUCAACAUAGAUGGUAAAACCAUGGACAUCACGGUCAAGGGGCUGAGGCACCCCCACCGCUACGUGCUGGACGCUGCGCAAACCCACAUUUACAUGCUCAUGAAGAAGGAUUCUUAUGCUCGCUAUUUGAAAUCUCCAAUCUAUAAGGAAAUGCUGGCCAAAGCUAUCGAACCCCAGGAGACCACCAAGAGAAGCUCCAGUCUCCCAUUUAUGCGACGUCACCUGCGCUCCAGCCCGAGCCCCGUAGUCCUGAGGCAGCUGGAGGAGGAAGCCAAGGCUCGAGAGGCAGCCAACACAGUGGACAUCACCCAGCCUGGCCAGCACGCCGCCCCCAGCCCCCACCUGGCCGUGUACACUGGGACCUGCGUGCCCCCCUCUCCUUCCAGCCCCUUCUCUCCCUCCUGCCGCUCCCCUAGGAAGCCCUUCCCCUCGCCAGGCCGCUUCAUGCGAAGACCCAGCAACAGCGUCUGCCCCUCACCCAUUAGGGUGGAUGUGGAGAGCUCCUUGGGCUCCGAGCAGAAGGCGGAGGCCAGUGGAUCCAGUGUCCGCCAAGGACCCUCAAACGCUCUCCCCAGCGAGGCCUCCACCGACUGCCCCGGGCUCCAGCCCCUGCCCACAGCCCCUCCCAAGGCCCGCAUGGCUCAGUCCUUUGGCAGUUUUCUGAGACGAGGCUGUUUGGCUUCUCCGAUCUUUGCCAGGCUCUCGCCCAAGUGCCCCGCUGUGUCCCACGGGAAGGUGCAGCCCCUGGGAGAUGUGGGUCAGCAGCUGCCACGGCUCAAAUCCAGGAGGGUGACAAACUUUUUCCAGAUCAAAAUGGAUGUGUGUAUGGAGAAUGGCACCUGCCUGAUGGACUCAGAGGACACAGGAACAGGAGAAUCGGGUGACCGGGCUGUCAAGAAGGAGGUCAUCUGCCCCUGGGAGAGCCUGGCCUAGGGAAAAGCUGGCCGAGCCAGG